AUGAUGAAAAAAACAUUUCCGUUUAUUAAUAGAUUAUUUUACAAGAAAGUUAUUAUUCAUCGUUCGAAAGAAUUAUCAUCACAAAUGAGAUUACAGUUUAUACAUACUAGUUAUACAAAUCCUGCCAAGGGGAAAAAUAUUAAAAAAGAUAAAAAGAAAACCGUCAUUAUUGAUGAAAAUGAAUUGAAUGAAUAUUUAAAUUUUGAAAAAUUGAUUGAUGAUAUAAAUAGACCUAUUGAAAGUUUCAAAGAUGAUUUGAUACAACAGGUAUCAUUAAGAUCAUCGAUUGGAGCUAUAGAAAAUACGAAAAUUGUUUACGAUGGAAAUCCGUAUACGAUUCAAGAUUUAGCUGAAAUCAAUAAAAAAAAUCCAAAGAUGUUUGUUUUAGAUUUUUCAUGUUUUCCAGAUGCUAUAGGAACAGUUGUAAAAACAUUUCAAGAAUCUCAUUUAAAUUUAAACGUUCAACAAGAGGGAACUAAACUCAUUGUGCCUAUUCCUAAAGUAACUAGAGAACAUAGAGAACUUUUAGCGAAAAAAGCAAAAAUGUAUUUUGUCAAAUGUAAAGAUUCAAUUAGAGAAGUGCAAAUGAAAUAUACAAAAAAAUUAAAUAAUGUUGAAAAAUUAGGUUCAGAAGUAAAAUUUAGAAUAACCGAGCAAUUGGUUGCAUUAGGAGACAAACAUAUCAAAAUUGCUGAAGAUAUGUUAAAGAAUAAACAAAAUGAAUUAUUGCCAAAAGAUGAUGAUUAG